UAAUUGGCGUAAGCCAAGAGAGUCGGGAUUUCCAAACUCAACUUAGGCUUACAAUGUCGAUAAUUCGGUUCGCUCGGCAAUCAUCAACAUCACACGUCGUACACCUGAGUCCUAGCUCCGCUAGCUUGAAAGUUACGACAAGACUUGACACGAGUCCCGAGUGUUUGUCAACUUACUUUUUAACAUUUACAGUACCGCGUCGCUGGAGUGCUUUGGAUUGCUGCUUUACGAGUGCAGCUUGUGUGCAACGCUGCACAUCAUGGAAGAGCUGGGAAUAAUCACCUUGAAAACACAAGGGGGCCAAACGGCGGAAGUUUCAACUUACGCGGGACAGCUUUUGACUUGGCGCAACGAGCAGAAGCAGGACUACCUUUUCCUCAGCAAAAACGCGGUCUUCCAGAAACCCACGCCAAUACGUGGCGGCGUGCCUAUCUGCUUCCCUCAGUUCUCCAACUUUGGGUCCCUUGGCCAGCAGCACGGAUUUGUACGGAACAAGUUCUGGAAGGUCGUGGAGAAAAGCGACUGGUCCGUCACCCUGGAGCUGUCGUACGACGGUACGGAGAAUCCCGACUAUCAGUUUCCCUUUGAGAUAUCUAAUCGCAUCGAGCUGUGUGAUGACAAUCUGGAGCAGCACCUUACGGUCGCCAACAAGGACUCGAAAUCCAUGCCGUUCACGGCCGCACUUCACACCUACUUCGCCGUCAGUGACAUCAGCAACGUGAAGGUGGAGGGGCUGCAGGGCCUGACUUACAUGGACAGCACUGAUAGUCGGAUCAAGAAGCGCGAGGAGGCGGUUGAGGUGGUGUUCCCGGGAGAGGUGGACCGCAUUUACAUAAAGGCACCGGACGUGAUCAAGAUCCACGACUCCGGGGCUCCGGGUGGAGGUCGAACCUACGAGGUACACAAACAGGGCUUCCCUGAUGCCGUACUUUG